UGCUCGCUGCCCGCUCAGGACGCGUCUCCCGCCUGCCUCUCGGCCGUCACCUGUAGGUCCCCGCACAAGCUUGGGAGCCGCAGUGAGGGUAGCGGCCGCAAGCCGCCGGCGGGCGGAGGAGCCACCGGCACCAGCCCUGCGGGGUCCGCCCUGCCGCGCCGCGGCGUCACUUCCUCCGCACCGCACCAUAGCAACGGCGGCAGGGCCAUGGCGGCGGCUGAAGUGGAGGAAACGCUAAAGAGGAUUCAGGACCACAAGGGGGUUGUUGGAAUGCUGCUUGUAAACGCCGAAGGAAUUCCAGUAAGAACAAACCUUGAUACCUCUACAACAGUCCAGUAUACAGAGCAUCUUCGUCAGCUCAUCACACAAGCUUGGAGUGCAGUGAGAGAUCUUGAUCCUCAGAAUGAUCUCAUCUGCCUUAGGAUCAGAACAAAGAAACAUGAAAUUAUAGUAGCUCCAGAAAAUGACUGUCUGCUGAUCGUUAUUCAGAACCCAGACAAAUAGUCCUACUGUGGCAAUAUUUGUAGAGAGUGAUGUAGUUCUACUUGUUAAACUAAUAUUGCUUGUUGACGCCUUGUGUGAAAUUACUUAAUCCUGUGCUUGAUAUUAAGUGUAACUCUCAUAACUGAAAUGGUACCAAUUUAAAGUUGUCUCAGUUUCUGUUGGAGCAAAUCAUAAUGCAUGUAUGAAAAUAGUGUUUGUUUAUCUUGUCACUCAGAAUGGCAAUAAUAAAGCAAAAUGCUUGAAGCUCUCUUUA